UCUCAAUUAAAUUUAAAUUCCCAUCUCACACUCAGAGUAUUAUAGUUCUAGAAUUCCCCACCGCGUUAUUUCACUGUUUUGCACUGGCAAUUGUUUAUCAAGCCAUAAGAUAUCCCAAACUACAACCAUAUCAUAAUCUCACAAAAAAACACCCCACACCCAAACACUCAUCAUGUCCCCCAACAACAACAACAACAACAACACCACCACCACCGUCCUCACAGGUCGCAAAGAAUUCGUCCCCCGCGCCACCCCCCUCCUCAGCACCUCCUUCGUCACCGACCCAACCAUAACCUACAUCCUCUCAUCCUUCUCUCCCUCCGAGAGAGACGCCUAUCGACCAACCUAUUUCAAAGUCCUCCUCACAGCCGCAGUUCUCAACGGCGCGACGAUUUCGUGUAUUACUAAUGAUGGGAACGGUGAGAGUGGGAAUGAGAGUGGUGAGUGGGAGAGCUGCGGCGUGUUGAUGCCGCAGGGUGCGUAUGUGGGGAAUUGGUGGACUGCUUGGCAGGCGGGGUGGUUGAGGGUGUUGUGGAGGUUGGGAUGGGGAGGGUUUCAGAGAAUGGCCGUUGAUCUAGGCGAUCUCACAGAAUCCUGUAAACACAAAGCCCUAGCCCACGACAAAAAAUACUACUAUAUCUUCCUCCUGGGCACACACCCCACCUCCCGCGGCAAAGGCCAUUGCACCCGUCUAAUCAAGCACUACCAAGCACUCGCCACUAAAGAAGGAGUGCCAAUCUGGCUGGAAGCAGCGACAGAGUACUGCUGGAAGUUAUAUGAGAGACUUGGGUUCGUGACGGUAGAGGAGUUGAGGUUGGCAGAGGGAAAGGCGGACGGGAUGGGAAGGCAGUGUGUGGGUGGGGAGGGGGUGAGGCUUUGGGCGAUGAUUUGGAGGCCGGAGGGUGUGGGGGAGAGUGACAGGAGAUAG